AAAUCUCGCGAGAUUCCAAAUAGUAGGGCAAAGAAAAUGGAAUCCCAUGCUAGCAUGGUAGCUGAACGAAUCUAACAACUACUGGAAAACAGUAUCAUAUACUUCAAGGACUGCUGGCUACUGAUGUCAGCAUGGACACAGUAGAAAAGACCAAUGCAGUUAAUGACGAUGGUGACUCAGGUACAACAGAUGAACAGAGCCAAUCAGGUGUGGUGGACUCCGGUGCAAGGCCGUCCUUGUCGCAGGUUAAAAAGUCCUGGGGCUUCAGAAGGACAACCAUUGCUAAACGGGAGUUCAUGGAGGAGGUCGGAGACCUGACCCACAGUCCCCCACCACUUCGAAGGGGCAGAAGCCGAAGAACCAACCAGGCGCCAGAGACGAACACAGAAGAAGACACCAAGCAGAAAGCUACUCGAACCGCUAGGAGUGUGAUAGAGGACCUGCAGUGGUCUGCCCCUUCCUCCCCUGCGUCAGAGGACAGCAAGGAGCCACCAGAGACCUCUGCUGGAGGGAGCUUUGAUCCCAGCUUAUGGCAGGACUUUGGCUCUGCUUUCCACACAGCGUUCUCACUGCUUGGUGGCAACGAAGGCCUGUCGUUGACAGAUGCCCUGACAGUUCCUAGUUUCUUUGAGCCUGCUAAUGAAAUUGAGCUCACUGAUCCACAGCCUGUAGAAGAAAACGAGACCCCUGAUAACCUGGAUGAGAUGGAGGUCACACAGCCUGUUGCUCCUGCCAUUGUCGGAGAAAGAGAGAGCGAUUAUGUUGUGGUGAUCUCUAGUCAGGAAGAGGACAGUGAUGAAAAGUCUCAGAUGCAAAUUAAAGAACAGCUGGCCAGAAGCAGCAGGCAGGGAGACUCAAAAGCUCGAGGUGGGAAUGGUGGAAGAGGAAAAGCCAGGGGGAGAGGGAGAGGCAGGGGAAGAGGUAGAGGAAGGGGGAAAGGUAAGGGAAGAGGCCGAGGCAGGGCAGCGGUGCUUCAGUCCAUCAUGGCAGUCAACGAAGACACAGACGAUGAAGUGGUGCUUGUUAACGCAGACGAGCAGCAGGAUUUACCCAAAGAUGGCAUCCAGAUCGACCCACAGAUCCCUCCUGAGAUGGAAUCAACAUCUGCACACUUUGGUAUAACUCUGAAUGCUGCACUGCAGUCUGUCAGCACAGGCUGCGUAAUCCUAGACAGCGAUUUUAACCAAAGUGGCGCCAUAACUCACGGCCAGUUUGAUGAUGCACAAGAUGAGGUGGAAGGAGAGGAAGACAAUCAGGGUGAGACUACAGCAGAGAUUUCCAGCAUAACAGAGAGCGAGGGACAGGACUCCAACGCCACGUGCUUCGUCUGCAGCCAAAUGCACAUUAAGAGGUUCAUGAUCUGCUGUAGCAGCUGCCAGGAGUGGUUUCAUAGCGCAUGUGUCGGUAUCAGUGAAACGUGGGACGGGACGACAGAGGAGAGAGACCAAGACUACAUGUGUUUAACCUGCACUACGACGAGGCAGAGCAUCAUCCACCUAGAGUCGCACCUUGAGCCAGACCUUAGCUUUCCUGAAUGUCUGACACUGAGUCCUCCUGCUGUGGAAACGGAGCCACAAGAGGAGCAGCAGCAAGUUGUCAAGGAGGCUGUUUUAGUAGAGGAGAAGGAGGAGGAAGAAGAAGAGAGGGAGGCUCUUGCGAUAAAGCCUCAAGUUGAAGCUGAAUCUGAGGUGGAAACAAAAGCUGAAGUUGAAGCUGAGGGGGAAACAAAAGGUGAAGCUGAAGUUGAAACUGAGGUGGAAUCAAAAGCUGAAGUUGAAGCUGAGGGGGAAACAAAAGCUGAAGUUGAAGCUGAGGGGGAAACAAAAGCUGAAGCGGAAGCUGACCCUCAGUGUGAGAUGGAGGCAGAUGAUUCGUUCCCUCUCUGCACUGGGCCUGGCUGCGCAAAACCAGCGCUACCGGACUCGGUUUACUGUGGCACCGACUGCAUCCUUCAGCAUGCUGCUAUCACCAUGAAGACUCUUUCCAGCCCUAAGGUGCCUAAAUCCAAAGGACGACCUCAGAGAAAAGCUGCAGCAAAGGCUGAAAGCUCGUGCCGAACAUCUAAGAGGUUGGCAAGAAAAGCUGUGGAAGUUGCUGAUGAAGUGGAGGCGGAGGAAGAUCAGGCAGAGCGGGAGGAGCCGUCCGCUUCUCCUAAAACCUGUGACCCCAAUCUCACAGAUGUUCAGUCCACUUCCAUACCGUCAUCUAACCUAAACACCACGUCAGCUGAUGAGACCAGUGACAAGCCAGAGCCUGACACUGAGGCCGUAUCUCUUCCGAAACAAUGUCCAGAGGAGCCCACAGCAGACGCUCCUCUACUCCCCCAGCCUGUAGCUGAGGAACCCCCAUUACAGAGUCCGACCCAGGAAAAAGAACCUGAAAGUACUGAUGUGUCCAAUCAGCAAAAAGCAGCAGAAAGUGUCUCGCCACCACCAACAUCUGAGAAAUCUGAUCAACCUGCUGCCACCCAAGCUCCUCCCGUUUCAGCUGUUCAACAUCUAGAGAUGGGCGCCCUGAUCGUCAAAAAGACGACAUAUGUUAUACCAAAGAAACAGCCCGUACCUCAGGCUUCAUGCAGCCAGCCGUCCCAGAAACCGUCCGCAGUUCCAGCUCUGCUGAGCGAAACUCGAAAUCUGCUGGUGCCUCCAGCACCCAGCGCUCCGUCCUCCAGACCCUCUCAGCCCAAUAACCAGGUCCGACAGAGCAUCCAGCGCUCCCUUACCGCCAUCUUGUUCAAGAGGGUAAGUGACUGUGACGAUCUGGAGAUGCCUGAGAGCGAAGUUGUAAAACUUGUUGCUGGCAUUGAGAAGGAAAUGUUUGACAUAUUCCGCAAUACAGACAGCAAAUACAUGAACAAGUAUAGAACUAUAAUGUUCAACAUAAAAGAUCCCAGAAAUAAGGGCUUGUUGUAUCGGGUUGUAAAUGGAGAAAUCGGCCCUUUCAGACUGGUCAGAAUGACCCAAAAGGACAUGCAGGCUACUAAAGCCCCUGAGCCAACUACUAACGAAACAACUCAGGUUAAAGUUGAAGCUUCUAAGGGGACAAAUAUCCCAAAACCUGAAGCCGUGAAGAUCGAUCUGCCCAGUUUGAAUCCUCCUAGACCCGAAAGAAAGCCAGAGAGCACGGAUCAGAAGAAAGUUCUUCCCUCUCAACCUUCCAAAUCUAGAGUUAUGCAACUAAGCAAGAGCAAAAAGAUGCCAGAUAUACUUUCCUGCAUGCUUAAGGAUACAACAUCAGAACACAAGGCUCACCUCUUUGACUUGAAAUGCAGAAUAUGCACAGGCCAGAUGCAGGCUGCUGAAGGUGAAGAACCUGCUAAGAAAAAGUCAAAGGUCUCUACAUCAAGAGACAAGACUGAUAAGAUAUCUUGGAAGAAGCCUGGGGGAGACGAGUCUCCUCUCUUGGCACCACCUGACACACCUGAAAUGGAGUCUCCUACAUUUUCACUGAUGGAGCCAUCGUCCCAAACUGACAUUGAUUCUCCAAAAUUGACAAUUGUUGAAUCUCCUGCUUCCCCGAUGAUGGAUUCUCCUGCCUCUCCAGCAUUAGAGUCUCCUGCUUCCCCCAUCAUGGAGUCUCCUGCUUCUCCAACUCCAGAGGGAUUCACAGUGCCUGCACCAAAGAGAUCAUACACACCAGUUGUGAUUCCCACUGUCUCCACUGUAACCAUUACAAGACGUGACCCCCGAACUGCAGCAAACAGGUUUACUGCUUCCUCAGGUGGCAACAUUGUUUCCAAACAAGCAGCUCCUUACGCUGCUAUGAAAGGUAGCCUGGCACCGAGCUCAGCCCCACCACCUUCAGUUCCACCACCAAAAGCAUUACCCAAAUCAAUCUUAAUGAAGCCAUCCUCCUCUGCUGACCCAAGACUUAGUGGUGCAUCCUCCAGAGCCACAGUCUCUCAGACCCCAACAGAUGGUGAUACUACACAGUUCCUAGCUAAGCAGGGCAUACUGUGGAAAGGCUUUGUAAACAUGCUCACGGUGGCCAAGUUUGUGACGAAGGGAUAUCUGGUUUCAGGACCUGCUGAAAAUAUUAAAGCGGAUUUGCCUGAUACCAUACAAAUCGGGGGGAGAAUCUUACCUGAGACUGUGUGGGAUUAUGUUGUAAAACUGAAAACCUCAGUUACAAAGGAGUUGUGUGUGAUCCGGUUUCACCCUGCAACAGAGGAGGAAGAGGUAGCCUACGUGUCCCUGUUUUCCUACUUCAGCAGCAGAGGCCGUUUUGGUGUCGUUGCCAACAUAAGCCGUUCCAUCAAAGAUGUAUAUCUUGUCCCUCUUGGCGCAAAUGAGUCGAUCCCAUCCAUACUACAACCUUUUGAAGGUCCAGGCCUUGAAAAGAACAGACCCAAUCUUCUUUUGGGUCUAGCAAUUGUCCAGAAGUUAAAGCGUCCAGGAAGCUUCCCUCAGGAAAUUGAAGAGAAGAAACCCAAAGUUAACAUGUCCAAAGACCCUAUGUGGAUUCCAAAACCACCAGUCCUCUAUGGUUCUGACAAGUUGGACAUGUUCAAACCAUAUGAUCCAGAGACUCCUGCUACUUCCUCUCCUCCUGGUUCGCCAUCGGAUUCUUCUUCUUCUGGCUCAAUUACCAUACCAUCCCUCUUAAGUUCCAUUAAAGCAACUCCUUCAGUCUCAUCCAUUGCUGCCACUGAGUCCACAUCUGUUAGCAACUCAGUCAAGAAUGUUACACCAUCAUCCAGCAAUAAUAACCCAUUGCAGACUAUUUUGAAGACAUUGUUUGGGGGAAAGGAGUCAGACCCCACAACCUCCUCUGACGGGAGUUCCCCCAAAGCAACAGAAAGUUCCAAGAAGAGACCAGUGUUUCCUAAAGUGUCUGGACCUAUGGUUGAUCCAAUAGUUCAGCAGUAUGGACAGAAAUCAAAAGUCAAACGGGUCGAACAGGAAGAAGAAAAGGAAGAUGACUUUGACAGGCCGUAUGACCCUGAAGAGGAGUAUGAUCCUGCAAAGGGAUACAAAAUUUUUACUCCACAAAUCACAGACAGUAAUAAGACUGAUGACUCUGCAUUAUCAGGCUUGGUGGAAGACGAUGUGGCCUAUGAUCCAGAAGAUGAAACUAUCUUUGAAGUAUUUCAAAGUGAUGUUGUCGUAACAAAGCUCCCCAUUCCAGCCCAAAAUGCAGAGACACCAACAUUACCAACACCAGUUUCUGAUUCCACUCCAGCUACACUUAAAUCUAACCCAACUUCUGUAGUGUCGACUUUUCAUACAGGCGCUGUCGUUGUCUCAGCUGCAACACUGAGUGAACAGCAGCGGAUGCUUGAGGAACUUAAUAAGCAAAUUGAAGAGCAAAAGCGACAGCUAAAAGAGCAGGAAGAGGUGCUGCGUAAACAGAGAGAAGCUGUGGGUAUGUUUAUGGCUCACUUUUCUGUUUCUGAUACAUUGAUGUCUCCUCCCACAAAAUCUUUGCCGCUUGGUCAGCUGUCAGCUGUGCAGAGUGCUGUAAUGCCAACAGACUCGAAGCCUGCAGACAAAUCUGAAAAGGUCAACAACAAUACAGUGAUGGAAGAUAAUUCUGGUGUAAAGUCAGAAACUGUUAAGCUAGAACAUACAAAUGUCAGUGAUAAUUUAAAAGAUACCACAACUACACUGACAGAACAAAUGGGAACGAAAGAAAAUGCAAAGGAAUGUGAGAAAUAUUCAUCUGCUGGAGAGAUUGAAGACUCUGAUGUAGCUUAUGACCCUGAAGAUGAGUCACUUUUUGAUGAAAUCCAAGAUGAUGUAUUUAAGGGAGGGAGUACAAAGACUAACGAUGGUUCAUCAAGGACUGGGGAUAGUGUUGGGAAUAAAGGCAAUUCUCCAAAUUCACACCACAGCAGAAGGCGAAGGUCGUCACCUAAAAGACGGAGUCGCCGAGAAAGGGACCGCAGAAGCCCUUCAAAAAGGUCACGGAGGCGUUCUCGGUCACAUUCUAGGAGACAUAGAGACAAGGAUAGACACAGAAGUGAAAGAGAGAGGUCAAGGCAUAGAACCAGAGAUCCAUCUGAUUAUCCAGGACACCAUCGAAAAGACCAUGCUGCUAGCAGACAUUCUCAUGGGCUGAGAAGGUCCUCAUCUUCACCAAGAAGAAAACAGUCUGCCUCUCUUUCACCAAAACGCCACAGGGGAGCUCCUUUACAAGUCAUUGAUAAAACAAAGCAUAGAAGUGGUCCAUGCAAUCCUUCUGAGACCGUAAAGACAUCCAUAGAAUCAACACCAUCAGUUGUUGGAAUUAAAAAUGAGCCAAAUGAACUUAAGCUUGAGUGCAAUCUGGUUGAGAACCCUGUUACACACUCGGUUGCACUUAUUCAAAAUGUGAAGACUGAGAUUUUAGAACCGUCAAUCAGUCAGUGCGAUAAUCAAAUGAACAGUUCUCCUAGUCAAGAAAACAAACUGUCCCUGCAGGAAACAUGGCUUCAAGACAAAAUUGAAAGCAAAAUUCCUCUGAGAGAAAUUGAUCCACCUCUUCGAGAUUCUCCUGAAAGUCCAGAUCCAGAACCACAGUUUUCAAAACCUUUCAGCACUGAGAGUGUUGACUGUGCUAAAACUACAGAUUCCGAGGAGCAAAACAGUGCUUCAGCACCAUUUCUUAAAGAUGAAAAUGACUCUGUGGUAGUUAGUCGUCAAACAACUUCCAGUCUACAAAAAGGACCAAAUAUCCAGGACUCGGGACCAGAAAUGGAUGCUGUUUUACACAAUGUUCUACCUGGUCCAAGUUUUCAAAGCACUGGAAAUCCAACAGCAAAUAUAAAAGAUUACGAACACAGUGUGACCCAAACAGAUCUAGUGGACAAGAAAAUUGGCUUUACGGGGCCUGAUAGAAAAGGGCUUGACAUGCAGCAUAUAAUGAGAAAUGCUUUGGGACCUAUUCCAAGCACUCAGAACACUCAUGCAGAUGGUUCAGAGAGACGUGCAAUGCAACAAGCAACAUGUCUUCAGGGCUCAUUGUUAAAUUUGAUAAAAAAUCAUAACCCCAAUGUAACUGAUUCACAGACUGUCUCAAGAGUUUCCCCAGAUAAAAUGCAAGGAACAGAAAGCUCUUCUUUCCAAGUCAUUAACCAAGGCGUAACUCCGUCCCGCUCUGGAGUGAUGCAAAAUGUUGUGCAAAGUGCAUCAAAUUCUGAAAUUCAAGUAUUACGAACACAAAUUGAGACCCAAAAUCAAUUUGUUAGAAGCCAGUUGUCAGAUAGAUCUCUGCCUGGGUCAAAUGAUUCUGUCUCAGCUGUUCAACAUCGUAAUCCAAAUAUUAAUGACCAAAAUGUCGGUUAUUACAGAGAACCUUUGCCUUUUUUGAAAACAGAUGAGUUAAGAUCGCAGCCAAAGAACGCAGACAGCAAGUCAGACAUUAUGAAAAUAGACACAUCAUUUGGGAGUCCACAGUUUGAGGGAAGGAUUUCACAUCCUGGGACUUUGGGUUCUCAUAUUAGAAUGGUUAAUAAAACAGGUCACAACCCAUCUUUUUUUGGAUUCAGAGGAGAUCAGACACAUUCAAAACAUACUGAAAGUCUUUCCAUUGAUGAAAGAGGACUUGGGAAAAGGGAAUCUCAACCCAUUAAAAGAGAUCCAGACUUCAGUGAUGGUCUAGAAUGUGGAGACAAGCUGGAUAUUUCAAAUCCAGACUGGAGAGGUCCAGGGUCAUUUCAGAUAAAUCAAAAUAAGGGCCUUGGUCCACCUGAAAGACCUUUAUGUUCGAAUCCCCCACAGUCAGACAGUGGAGAUGCUCAAAAAGGAUUAAAUAGGGAGUCAACAGAUCUGGUCAGAAUAGGAACAUUUAUACAAAAUGAUUGGCGUACCCAUCAGUUUGGUGAAAGAGUGACAAAUUUGGAGAGUCAGGGACCUUGCAAAAUAGGCACUCAAAACUUUCAGUAUGGACAAAGAAAUAAAGAACGAAGUCCAGACAGACAAACUUUCAAGCAUGAUUUUAGGGGACCAAGAGGGACAGAUUUUGUAGGACCCAGAACUGAAAUAAGAAAUCCUGAGUUGCAGUUCACAAGGAAUGACACUAGACAACCUGUGUGUUCAGAUAUGAUGGGAAAAUGGUCAGAAAAUAAAGGCCCUGACACUGAAGCCUCAAUGCAUGGCAGGAGAGAACCAGUGGGUCCAGAUUUUAAGAUACAGGGACCUGAAUGGAUAGGUUCUAGGAAUGAGAACUCUAUGCAUGACAGUAGAGGACCAGGGCGUCCAGAUCUCGUGGGACAAAGACUUGAACAAAGAAACUGGCCUGAAAGGAGAGCACCAGAUGCCCCUGGAGGAGGAGGUCCAAAUUUCAGAGGAGGACCUGAAACAAGAGGCUUGUCUAUAGAGCAACACAGGUCUGAAAAUCGAGAAUUUAGAGGUCCAGUUUUCCGAGGGCCAGGUCCCGAAGGCAGAUACUUAACUACGCAAAGACCUGGGCCAGACAAAAUAUCUGAACAUCCAAAUUUUAUUGAGCAAGGGUUUGAUAAUACAAAUGCCAGGAGAAUGACGGGAGGUCCAGAUUUCAGUAGGCCUGUAAAUGAAAUGAGGAGUCCUGCUAUGGAUAGCCAAAAUUCUGACAGGAGAGGAUCACAAGAACCAGAAAACUGGGGACCAGGAUCUGAAAGAAAAGGAACAUAUUUGGGGCGUGGUGGGCCUGAUAGCAUAGAACAAGGAAGAAUUCUCCCGGGUUUAGAAGGUCCUAAACCUGUACAGGGAGGACCACACUUCAGGGAAAAUGUAACAGAAGGUGCAUGUCUAAAUUCGGAAGGCUCAGAACACAGGGGGAGAAGUCCAAAUCUCAGAGGUUGUAAUUCAGAUAUGGUGGGUUCAGAAUUAAAUAGAACAGGACCAGGGGUUCCAAGAACAGGGAGAAUAGGUCCUCCAGUUGAAUGUACCAAAGGCCCAAACAUUAGAGACCCGCGACCAGAAAGAGUGACUCCAAAUGUGAAACAAGCAAACAGAAGCCCUCCAAGAGACUCACAAUUCAGGUGUCCUGAGCAAGGAAGAACAUUUUCAAAUAUGGAGGGUCUGCAGCCUAAUAGGAACAUGGUGCACCCUGAAGAAGUGGAACAUAACAGAAAUGUUGUGGGAGGCCCUGGGACUACAGGGAUGGUUCCAAGAUUUUGUAGGAGACCAGAUUAUGAGGGCCCAGUCCCUGAUGAACAAAAUCCAAGGGGCCCAAGCUUUAGAGAACCCAUGCCUGUGAGACCACGUCCAGGCAUGGAUGGCCGAAGACCUGACUGGAGAGAAUCAAGUGAUUGUAGAGAUCGAGGCGCCAGGGAGGAAAGGGCAAAUACAGAGGAUCUUGGAUAUGACAGACAAAAUGACUGGGGGGAGGCUGAACCUGUUCAAGAAUUUCCUGAUUUUGAGGAAUUAGAAUCUGAUAGGAGAGGUCAAAAUUUUAGACCUUCAAGGCUAAUGAGAAGAAGCAUCAGAAGACCGGGACCAAAUGCCCGUGGCUUUGCACCGAGUCGGAGGGGUGGUGUCUUUGAAGGGAAAUGGUUAGACAGACGAGGGCCAAGAUUUGAAGAGCUGGAGGGAGGUGAAUCUUCUGGAGAUAUUUGGGACAACAGUGGUGACAGAGGUUUAGAGACUUUCCAAGAUCAUCCUGAUGAACAAGGUGAAGGUCAUAGUUUCCAUGAUAACCAUAGUGAAUGGACACAGGAUGGAGAAAAUGUGCAGUUUUCUGUUUCUGGAGAUGACUGGGAUGGGCCUGGUUUUAGGCAUCCAAGGUCUGUUCGUGACAACCCAGACAUGGAUUGUCCUGGCCCUAAUAGAGAAAGAGAAGAACAUGAAUGGACUGAGUCUGGUAGAGAAGAUUCUGGGGCAUUUUUCAGAGGGAGAGGGGGUCCAUGCAAUAGAAGACAAAGCUGGUGUAGAGUCCGAGGUAGAGGACGAGGAUCAGUUCAGCAAAGACAUGCAAACAUGGAUGAUGAUUGGAGACAUCAGGACUUUGAGGAGGAUAUGAGAGGCCAUGAUCGUGGGACACCCUGGCCUCAAAGGGAAGCCAAACAUCCAAACAGGAGACCAUUUGAGAUGGAGGCUCCAGGAGGUCCAGAUUUAAGAUACCCAGAAACUUCCUACAGAAAUUUCAAUGAUGAAGGUCCCGAGUCAGAUAGGAGAGUUUCAGAUUUUGGGGAAUCCAGCUCUGAAAGGCGUAGUGCAGACAUGGAUGCAGGAGCAGACCCUGAAGGAUUUGAGCGUAACUUUAGGAGAGUAAGAAGGGGUCCAAUAAUGAGACAAGGGCCUAGCAGUGCAGAACGUAGGGGAGCGUCACCCAAUAAUUCAGAUUUUAGACCUGGUAGAUGGGAUUCAAACUCAGAAUUUCCUGAAUCUAAUAGAAGAGAUGUAGAUAGGAGGGAAAGAGAACAAAGACAUCCAGGUCAAACAACUAGCAGGGGGAGAAGAGGUCCUCAUCAAGGUGACCAUGGCCCUCAUGAAGGACCUCCAGCACCAUUCAAUAGGCCUUUAGGUCCCGGUCCAAGCAGAGAAGGACAUUCAUUCCAUGACUUUGACAGCCCACAAAAUCAACGAGCUGUGCAACCUCAAAGACACAGAGGUGCCUUACUUCCCACUCCUGAUGGUCCGGUUUCAGAUCCUGUGAUGAAAAGUCAUGAUGCCUCCUCUAUGAAAGCACCACAGUUUGGCUCCCCAUUCAAUAGGAACAGGGGAACAAGUAGAGGCAGAGCAAUGGAUAAUUGGUUCAGAGGGCGUGCAAGAGGGCCAGGACGAGGAGCCCCUGCUCGUUAAAGAAAUGUAGGGUAAGAAGAUUGAAUGCGGUUAAAUUACUAAAACAGAGGUUUAACACGACAAAGUUUUAAUAAGAAAUAAACAAAAUAUGGACAGUCUUGGAUCUUAAAACCAUAUUGAUCUAAUAUUGAGACUUGCAAAUAUCUCAAAGUAUGUAUGUUUUCUUUAGGAUUCCAAGGCUAUAAGACACUUUAAUAUUGCUUCCUGAAAUGUAUGGUUUUGUAAAGGCAGUUUUCAUUUAUAUUACAACUUGACCCACAUGCAAGCCCAUUGGUAAAAUCUGUAAUGGUUAACUGAUACAGAAAUGCUGAGUUUUUGUGUUAAUUAUGUUCGACUUUGUUUCCAGUCAUAGUAGUUGUUUGAUUAUGACCUACACUUUGUAAAUUGUUGUAUAUUAUACUACCUGGGGGCAUUUCUGGAAGGAAAUAGUUUGAAAAGCUUUGUACAAAAGUAGUUCUUUUUGUUUUUGUUUUUAAGAGUCGUAACAUCACUGUAUUACGUUGUCUUUGUUACAUUUUUAUGCUCAUAAAAGUGUAACUUGUUUCAGUGUUCUUUUAGAAUGCUACAAGUCAAUAAAGAGUCAUUUUAAAAACUUGUAAAAA